AUGGCGGAAUCGAGCAAGGCGAUCAACCCUAUGAAGGAGCUCAAGGUUGACAAGCUCGUCAUCAACAUCUCCGUUGGUGAGUCGGGUGACCGUCUCACCCGUGCUACCAAGGUGCUCGAGCAGCUCACCGGUCAGACCCCGGUGACCAGCAAGGCCCGCUACACCCUCCGUGGUUUCGGUAUCCGCCGUAACGAGAAGAUCGCGUGCCACGUCACCAUCCGUGGUGCCAAGGCCGAGGAGAUCAUCGAGCGUGGUCUCAAGGUCAAGGAGUACGAGCUGCGCCGCCGCAACUUCUCCGAGACCGGCAACUUUGGUUUCGGUAUCACCGAGCACAUUGACCUGGGUAUCAAGUACGACCCCGGUAUCGGUAUCUUUGGUAUGGACUUCUUUGUGUGCAUGACCCGCCCCGGUGCGCGUGUCGCCCGCCGCAAGAGCCGCACCUCGCGUGUCGGUUUCUCGCACCGCGUCAAGAAGGAGGAGACCGCCGCCUGGUACAAGCAGCGGUUCGACGGUGUCAUCCUCAAGUAA